AUGGAGGCAUGCAAUGUGGCAUUGCAGCGGUGCGUAAGGAAUAUAGUCAAUGAGGGCGGGUAUGGGAAGGACAUGUCAACUGCGUCUCUGCUAGAGGAGCCUCGAGAAAACGAGAAGGCCUUGACUGGCAUGGCACUACUCAACGGCACCCUCAACGAGAAGCAGAUUACACAGGCGGAGACACUCUGCAUGAUGGGCGACAAGUUUGAUGACGAUGUGGCGGACUAUGUUGCGUCCACGGUAUUCCCCAAGGCCGGCAGGCUGCGUGUGGUGGAAGUUGCUUCCACAAAAAUUAGUCCCCUUGGUGUCAUGACUCUUUUGCGCUCUCUGUACCAAAGUCCCAACGACGUCCUGGAGCAGUUGUUGUUUUGUGACACGCGCCUUCACAGCGAUGAGUGCGCUGUCAUUUACAACCUGAUGGUGAAACACACCUCCCACCUGCAGCGGCUGGAAUUGCAGCGCUGCCAUAUGGACGAUACCGCAGCGCAGGCGGUGGCGGAGGGCAUCGCUCAGGCGAAGGCGUUGGUCGAAGUGAGAAUCGCGGACAGCGACAUCAUUCCGGCAUUUGCGAUUCCGCUUGAGGACUCGCAGUGGCUUCUUUUCCCCUCUUCACUCAAAGUGCUUGACGUUAGCGGCAAUCGCAUCGAAUCCGUUCAUCACCGCGGUCUCGCCAUUGCUCUGAGACGCUGCAUCGCCUCGCUGGAGGAAAUUUACAUGUCAAGAUGUUGCGUGACCGAGUCUUUUCUAACGACACUUUUAAAAGCGGGACUCCACUCCUCGCAUUGUCUUCGUGUCCUAAAUGUUUCUUCUGGUCGUUUGUUACACACCGCUGGUAAAGUAUUGAGUAGUUUUCUCACCGAAUGUCCAAAUUUGGAGAGACUGUACGUACAGGACAACCUUAUUGAGGCGGAUGGUGCUGCACGCAUGGCCAUUGGUAUCCCAUGUGCCAAGAAAUUGAAAGUGUUGGGGCUUGGGAGUUGUCAUUUAAACGGUGAGGGUGCAAGAGUUAUUGCAGAAGCGGUAAGGCAAACUCCAUCAGUACGUGAACUUGACCUUUCCAAUAAUUCAUUGUCAGAUGCGGAUGUAUUUCAAAUUUGUGCAUGCGAUGAUGGCAGCAGUUUGCAGUUGAGUUUUCUUGAUUUGUCGAGUAAUCCCCUGACGGAUCGAUGUAGGCCAUUUAUUCAAGCACUUUUAAGGAGUAAGAAAAAUGGGACGUGUACUGUGCUGGUUCGCGAUACAAAUGUAGCAGCCGACUUUUCUUAUCUGCAGUGCGGCGAUUUAUCGGGUUUGUCGUGA